GCCAGCAAUAAACGGAGCCUUGACGCAUCUCAGACUGACUUUGUCUUUCUUUACGCGCUUGGUUCCCUUUCCCUUUCGCCCCCCAUUAUUUUCAAGUGAUACCUCCUCAAGACCCAUAAAUAACCUGGCCUGCUGGACGGUUCAGAAAAUGAGGCGAUAGUUCUCCGCCCUAUAAAAGUCAGUGACAGUGCAGGCAGAGAGAGUGUUCCUUUCCUCCCCUCUCUGGUGAGAUCACCGCCUUCCUCUCCAUCUCAAGGCAGUCCUUUCAGAAGAGCAGGCUACUUCUUGUGUUCACAGGAGUCACCAUGGCCUGGUCCUGCAGCCUGAAGAGCCUCCUCGCAGUCUUUGUCUUUACCAGCUUAGUUGUCAGCUCUGAGGAGAGUUACCAAUGUGCAGUACAACAAUGUGAAGGUACAACGUGUCCUGAAAGUGCAAGAGUUUGUGAAACCACUAAAGGCUGCUUCACUAAAAUACAGAGAUUUGACACACCGUCUUCCCUGACAGAUGGAAUAUUUAAAGAAAAAGGAUGUAUUGCGGACUCAGACACAUGCAGUAGCCUGACAAUCUCGGCAACCUUGGGGGAUCAACGGGCAUUUACAUAUACAAACAGCUGCUGCACAACUGAUAAGUGCAACCAGCGUGACUUAACACCGUCUGCACCAUCUUCCACACUCAAUGGUGUUGAAUGUACUGCCUGCUACAAUGAGAAAGCAAAGUCAUGCUCCUCAGUUACCACCCUAAAGUGCACAGGGGAAGAGAAAAAGUGCAUUGAGGUUACCGGUACAGGUGUGGGAACUUCAAACUUAAUGAUGUAUGGGAAAGGUUGUGCAACUGAAAAUUCCUGCGGACUGGAUAUGACCGUCCUCGGUAGAAUACAGAUCAAAACCUCAUGCAGCUCACCUGCUUCAAACCACGGGCACCCUACCGCCAAAUUCGUCUCAUCAUUUCUCAUUUUCCUGCUCCCACUGAAAUUCUUGCUUUGAUAUUCUAUGAACUGGCAAUCUCACACCCCUAUGCACACGGACCCAUUGGCAUGCCUGGAUGGCUACUUCCAAAACAUGGAACAAAUAAAACCGGGUGACCACUCCUCUGUUCUUUCUGAAAAAACCUGUGUCCACUUUGUAACAUCAUGAGAUACACAGAGAUGUCUAUUUCAAUAUUUCCCCUCUUCUCCUGCAUAUAUAGGAUGAGAAGUCCUAGUCAGAAAAAUAAGGGAAACCAAAUCAGUAACUAAAUAAAUUUAACACUGGGAAAAAAAAAGAAUAAAUAAAUAAAGGCAAAAAAAGGAAGGGAAGGAAAUGUAUUCAUGUUGGAAAUAAAUUUGUGAAACUACUAGAAAAACA